AUGCCUCUCAAUGUUCCCGCCGCCCACCGUUUUCUUGACCUUCUUAGUCUAAAAGGCAAGGUAGUCGUUGUCACCGGCGCCUCUGGUCCUCAGGGUAUCGGUAUUGAGGCGGCCCGAGGCUGUGCAGAAAUGGGCGCCAAUAUCGCCAUGACUUACACGUCGCGAAAGGAAGAAGCCGAUGCCAACAUCGCCAACCUUGUAACCAACCACGACGUUGAAGCUAAAGUAUGCCGCUGCGAUAUAUCCGACUAUGCCAGUGUCGAGCAGCUUAUCCGUCAUGUCAUAUGGGACUUUGGCAAAGUUGACGCUUUCUUUGCAAAUGCCGGAGCUGUCCAUCACAGCACCAUGCUUGAUGCUUCCAAACAAGACUGGGACAGAAUCAUCAACCUUAACCUCAACGGCACGGCCUACUGUGCGCAAGUCAUUGGGCCCCACUUUCGAAAGCAGGGUCAUGGCUCCUUUGUGAUUAAUGCCAGCAUCGCCCAUCGAAUUUGGAAGCUAUAG